CCCGCCCCGCCCGGCCCACGCCGCCUGGCCACGCCGCUAGCCGGGGGCUCACGGGCUGCACCGGCCCCAACCGCCCCCGGAGAGCGGAACGGCGACACCUGACAUCAGGCCGCCUCCCGGGCUCCUCAUCCUUUAUGGAAAACGGGGAGAACCUGGCGGGUUUGCCGCUGCGGCGUUUUCCGGGCGCUGGGAACAAAGCCGAGCCGUGCCGUGCCGAGCUGGCCGAGCGUCGCCAGGACACCGGAGGAAUUCGUCAGGACGGUGUUCCACGCUGAUCCCAGGGAUCGCUGGUGCAUCAGGCGGAGGAGGGAGCCAUGGUGUGCAUUCCCUGCAUCGUGAUCCCUGUUCUGCUCUGGGUCUACAAGAAGUUUCUGGAGCCCUACAUCUACCCCAUGGUCGCCCCCUUCAUCAAGCGUGUCUGGCCCAAGAAAGCAGUGCAGGAGCCACCAGGCACCAAGCAGGGGCCAGGAGGCAGCACUGGGGACCCCCGGGGACCUGCAGCUGCCAAGAGAGACCAGGAGGAUGGACCUGGGGGCCAUAAAUUGGAAAGCAAUGGCAUUGUAAAUGGAAGUCCUGCAAAGGGAUCUGCUGCAGUGUAUGACAAGAAAACAGCUUGAAGGAGUUAAUUCCUGAGGAUUUUAUUCCCUCAUGUCCAGUAUGAACUGCUGAUAUUCCUCUCAAUUUGAGACUUUUUUUCUUUGCACAUUUUAGCCGAAUAAAAAACUUAAUUGCUUGCAGGAAAGUCUCUUUUGCCACUAAAAUGGCAGCUGUUUGUUUAUUUAAAAUAUUUGAAAGCUGAUGUUCUUGUAUUUUUCUCGCUGGAACUACUUUUCAUCUGCCAUCUGUUUGGUGUGAUUAGAGUUUAGGUUAAAUAACGUAAGAAUAAAUCUGUCUGUGGAAGGCAAAUGUAUCUUAGCAUCUUGAUGUCACUAAGUGCUAGUGCAGUACUUGAGGCUUUCACCUUAAAGGCUUUAUCUGUUCCUGGUGAAGAACUGUGGACUGCAUUGUGACAACAAAAGCUCAUAAUUUAUCUAUGGAGAAUUUAGAUUCUUCAUGUCAAGUCUAUGGAUGAGCUAGAGGAGUUAUGCCGCAUAGAAAAUUUACUUGGCUUACUAAAAGCAGAAAGUCUUGAUGUGAUACUUUACUUAAUUAUUUUCCUUGAAAUAUUAUGCCUUUUUUUUCCCUGAGGCAUGAUGCAAGAGAAUGUUGCUUUAUGUUCUGUUGUAGUGAUUUAUAAUGGCGAAGUUCUGGCUUAAAAAAAAAAACUCAGCAUCCAGUUAAAACCUC